CCUUCCCCGUCUUCCUUUCGCUUCAUCUACCUGCGACCUCGCCUCAAUCUCUUGCGGCAAUUGGGAUUCUAAUCCUGAAUUCAGUGCGCAAAUCCCGGCAAAAUGAGCACUCCUUUGCACAACACCGUGGAGAGGCUGGAUCGUCCCAGUGCCUACUAUGCGGGAAAGAACAAGAAACGCAAGUACAGUGAUGACGGACCCGAGCGGCAGGAGGAUCCUUUUGACCAUCUGAAGAAUGCCACAACCCUCUAUGUCGGCAACCUUUCCUUCUACACAACAGAAGAACAAAUCCAUGAGCUCUUCGCAAAGUGCGGAGAGAUCAAACGUCUCGUGAUGGGGCUCGAUCGCUUCAACAAGACCCCUUGCGGAUUCUGUUUCGUCGAAUACUACACCCAUCAGGAUGCUUUGGACUGCCUGAAAUACAUUGGAGGCACCAAGCUCGAUGAGAGAAUUAUCCGGACGGAUUUGGAUCCCGGUUUUGAAGAGGGACGACAAUACGGUCGCGGAAAGUCCGGUGGCCAGGUUCGUGACGAAUAUCGCGAAGAGUAUGACCCCGGUCGCGGUGGCUAUGGUCGGGCAUAUGCGGACGACCAGCGACGGCGCGAGGAAGAGGAGUACGGUAAAGGUAGGUAGAAAGCAACGAGGGUUCCAUCAUUCUGGUCGGCGCAAAAACGGCGUUUGUGUACAAAUACUUCUAUCGCUUCGUGUAAACAAGAGACUACCUCGUUCCAAUACCUCACGCGGCGGCGAAGAACGAUGCUCAAUGGCAUUUCAUUCAUGCA